AGUAUUCGAGUCACAUGUUAGAAUGUCAGCUGAUAUCCCGGAAGGAGCACAAAAUAAACAACGCUUCCGCUCUAUGCACAGACUUUUUCUCUUGUCUGUUAAUUUAACAGCAUUUUAGCCGAUAUUAUGGAGAGUGCACUGGAACAGCAUCUUGACGACACGAUGAAAAAUCCUGCCAUUGUUGGGGUUUUGUGCACAGACGCUCAAGGCCAUAAUCUAGGAUGCCGCGGCUCACUCUCUGAUGAGCAUGGAGGAGUUGUGUCUGUACUGGCCAAGCAAGCUGCUUCCUUAACCAAAGACCCCACUGACUGCCCUACUGUGUGCCUUGAGUCUGACAGUGGGAACAUUUUGGUGAGAACACAUGGAACAAUGACAGUAGCCGUGCAUAAAAUGGCAUCAUGAAUUAUCUGUUAAACUGUUCGCUCUAAUUGUCUCUGAAUAUGUGCAGUGUUUUUAAACUUCAUUACUUUGUAUUUGAAUAGCUUUAACAGUCCUUUAUCAUCAACAGAGAAGCCUUGAUUGGCUGAGAUUAUGUCUCCUGUUUAACAGAUGUAUUUAAUGCUUUUUUUGUCAAACAAUAUUGUUCCCCAAUUAAUAAAUUGUGUUAUUUAUGGAAACUGAUUGUGACUGAAUCUAAUUUACACAAUUAUGAAGGGCGAUGCAGUACCACAUAGUGUCCAGUGUAAGACAUUUAGCAUGAAGCAGAAUAGCCUAAUGUUAAUCAAACCUGAACACAGUGACUUUACAGACAUCAAGUACUACACAGAGAUCAGUUUACUGGAUCAUUUAGACAUGAGCCAUAUGAAAGUCAUGGGUUUGAUUCCCAGGGAAUGCAUGCAAAUGUAUACUUUGCAUAAAAGUGUCUGCCAAUUGCAUAACUGUAAAUAGUCAAAGUCUAAAAUGCCUUCCACCUUUUAAGGGUUUAAGCAGCUCUCAUUGUCAUUUCCACCAUCAUGGAUUAUCCAAGAAAUCUGAGUACAUACAACCCUCAUAAUUUGCCCCCAUAGCAAGUGUAGUGCUUUGACCUUCAAAUAGGUGAAGCCCAGGAAAGUCUUUUAAGCGAUCUCUGAAAUGUUCUCAACACUCGGUUUCUGGGUUUUGGUCACGUGGCCAUGAAAUUGACAUGGGGGUGCCUCAGCGCACUGCAUCCAAGCUGUGCCGGUCCAAGGGGUCAAAUGUGAGACACCGAGAGACUCAGAGACAGGGGGCAACAUUUCAGAAAUGAAGGGAUAUCAGCCACAAGGAUUCCAGCCAUGGUCAGGGAUGGCUUUGAUAAGAUACACUAUAUUGCCAAAAGUAUUCGCUCACCCAUCCAAAUAAUUGAAUUCAGGUGUUCCAAUCACUUCCAUGGCCACAGGUGUAUAAAAUGAAGCACCUAGGCAUGCAGACUGCUUCUACAAACAUUUGUGAAAGAAUGGGCCGCUCUCAGGAGCUCAGUGAAUUCCAGCGUGGUACUGUGAUAGGAUGCCACCUGUGCAACAAGUCCAGUCGUGAAAUUUCCUCGCUACUAAAUAUUCCACAGUCAACUGUCAGUGGUAUUAUAACAAAGUGGAAGCGAUUGGGAAUGACAGGAACUCAGCCACGAAGUGGUAGGCCACGUAAAAUGACAGAGCGGGGUCAGCGGAUGCUGAGGCGCAUAGUGCACAGAGGUUGCCAACUUUCUGCAGAGUCAAUCGCUACAGACCUUCAUGUGGCCUUCAGAUUAGCUCAAGAACAGUGCGUAGAGAGCUUCAUGGAAUGGGUUUCCAUGGCCAAGCAGCUGCAUCCAAGCCAUACAUUACCAAGUGCAAUGCAAACGUCGGAUGCAGUGGUGUAAAGCACGCUGCCACUGGACUCUAGAGCAGUGGCGACGCGUGCUCUGGAGUGACGAAUCACGCUUCUCCAUCUGGCAAUCUGAUGGACGAGUCUGGGUUUGGCGGUUGCCAGGAGAACGGUACUUGUCUGACUGCAUUGUGCCAACUGUGAAGUUUGGUGGAGGGGGGAUUAUGGUGUGGGGUUGUUUUUCAGGAGCUGGGCUUGGCCCCUUAGUUCCAGUGAAAGGAACUCUGAAUGCUUCAGCAUACCAAGAGAUUUUGGACAAUUCCAUGCUCCCAACUUUGUGGGAACAGUUUGGGGAUGGCCCCUUCCUGUUCCAACAUGACUGCGCACCAGUGCACAAAGCAAGGUCCAUAAAGACAUGGAUGAGCGAGUUUGGUGUGGAAGAACUUGACUGGCCUGCACAGAGUCCUGACCUCAACCCGAUAGAGCACCUUUGGGAUGAAUUAGAGCGAAGACUGCAAGCCAGGCCUUCUCGUCCAACAUCAGUGUCUGACCUCACAAAUGCGCUUCUGGAAGAAUGGUCAAAAAUUCCCAUAAACACACUCCUAAACCUUGUGGAAAGUCUUCCCAGAAGAGUUGAAGCUGUUAUAGCUGCAAAGGGUGGGCCGACAUCAUAUUAAACCCUAUGGAUUAAGAAUGGGAUGUCAUUUAAAUUCAUAUGCGUCUAAAGGCAGAUGAGCGAAUACUUUUGGCAAUAUAGUGUAUAUUAUCACAUAACACAGGGUCUUUAUGCGGCCCUAAGCAGAAUUUGAUUUGGGGGCCCCUUGGCGCCACCAAAUACAAUUGUCUGUUGUCAAUGCUUGAUUAUUCGCACACUAUAAAUCUAACACACCCAUUAUCAAUUUUAUUAGUUGUAGCUGUGUUGCUUACAUUAUACCAAUGUCUGCCUGGCAUGUUUUUACCAUUUUUAAUUGUAACAAUAGCAAACCCACAAGAGUGGUCAGAUGUUAAUUUGCACUUUAAUAUUCAAAGUCUUACAGUACUAAGUGGCAUACUUAAUGUGGUGUACUGAAAAGUAGCAAAAUAAACUAGCAGACAAUGCAUUUACUGUAAACAAGUUAACCACUUUAAUUGCUUUUGGUUAAAAAAAAAAAAAUGUGCAAUGUUCAAAAGUGCAGAACAAUCAACUACAAAUAAAAUAAAAUAAACAGUAUUACAUUAAUAAUUAUAAUUAGAAAUAUUAAUCUCAUGAUAUUCUACGGUAAACUGAGCAAAUACAAAGGCUGCUGUGCUAUUAACUUAACUGCCACAUCCGCUGAGGUUGAAACAGACAUGGAAGGAACAGUAGGAUCAGUGGAUGCAGGUGCUGGUAAGUGCUCCUCGCCAGCAGAGGAUGGACCUGAUGAAAGAUGAAAAUAAUAAUAAUAAUAAUAAUAAUAAUAAUAAAAGAUAGCCAUGUUAGAUGUCAUAUUAGAAGGUAAUGCAACUAUCUGUCAAAAACAAAAAAAGAUCUCACAAAAGGCAUGGUUUAUCCAUAUAAAUAUAUUGAUCUGGGAUUGUUAAAAUCUCUCCUGCUGGCACUUGGGGCAGGUGGCGUUGGUUGUGCCCCACCAACAAAAUAUUUCAACAGUGCUCCUAGGGAAGUUUCAUAAGAGUACAUAAUUGACAGAACAGAAUGUUAUUUUAACAACAUAAAUUAUUAUACACAGCAGCAAGCCAUCUGUACACCUAAAACAACAACUCUUAAUCUAUAACUAGCUAACUGAAGCAUAAUGAUACUGGAAUAUAAUAGCAAAGACCCCAAACUGGUAAGCUGUUAUCAGUACCAAGUUUAUGGAACAGAAGCUUAAUUUUACCACAAAAAUAUAUACCCAGGAACAAGUUAUUUUUACACAGAAGACAAAAACUUUAAUCUAAAACUAGCUAAGUAAUAUGUUGUAUUAUAAUAUAUUAAGAUGACAAGGCUAUUUACGGAUGUUUAAUCAAACGUGAACUUUCCUAAAACAAGAAGAUAUGCUACUUAGGCUAUGUUAACUAACUAGCCAGCUAACGUUGGCUCGCGACAUAGCCUAGCUACUUAACAUACCUUUAUCUUGCUGGGGG